UAUUGGCUAAAUUGUGUCGGCCCUUCGAGGUUUCGGCCUCGACCAGUGCCGCAAAUUAAAAAAAAACUGUAAUAAAUAAAAUGUUGUUUUUAUUAUAUAAAUUUAAUACCUAUCAUUUAUCAAUUAUCAGUGAUUUUUCUGCUUGAUUGUUGUUUGUUAAGUUGAUGUCGCGAUUAACGGCUAUCACAUGUCUUCCGCGAUCAUCAUCGAAAAGUAUAAUUGAGUAAUAAAUUAAACCUAUUUCUAGCACAGGUUAUCAACAUCCAACAGAAGUUUAUUAUUUUACUGGUGGUGGUUUAUUUAUAUUGAUUAUUGAAGUUUAUCAAAUAAAAGUAUUGUGGAUACUAUAUGUACCAAGCAUUACCAUUAAAACUUCAAAAUUUAUUAUCACGGAAAAAGUACUUGGUGGCCUAACCCUGAUUUAGAACAUUGAACACAUUAGAAAUUGUGAUGACCCUUCUACAAAAGCCAUAAUAAAUAGGAUUGAAUAGAACAUUUAUUUCAGUGAAACUAAAAAAGAAAUGAUUGGGACUGAUAAAAAAUGUAUCAUAGAGACUAGUGAUGGCGCUAUUUGUGGUUACAUUGACACAACAGAUGAAGGGACAUUCUAUAAGUUUAAAAGUAUACCAUAUGCCAAGCCGCCACUUGGGAAUUUAAGGUUCAAACCUUCCUCUUCAGCUGAGCCUUGGAAAGAAGUACUGGAUUGUACAAAAGAUGCACCUCCACCACUCAGCUUAACAUAUAAAAAAGAAAUUGUUGGGUCGGAAGACUGUUUGUAUAUUGAAGUCUCAUCUCCAAAUAUAAUACCUGAGAAGCCUCUACCUGUCAUGUUUUGGGUCGGAAGUUGUAAUUUUAUGUACACUAUUGAUAAUAUAUUAGAGCCCACCUUAAUAAAUAAGGAGGACAUAGUCUAUGUGCGAUGUGGUUUUCGGUUGGGACCAUUUGGAUUUCUUUCCAUUAAUGAUUUUAAUGCGCCUGGAAACAAUGGUAUAAAAGACAUAAUUCUUGCUUUAAAAUGGGUACAAAAGAAUAUUCUUAAAUUUGGUGGUGAUCCGAAUAAUGUAACAACAUUUGGAACUUCAUCUGGUGCUGCUAUUGUACAUUUAAUGAUGCUGUCUCCAAUGGCAAAUGGAUUAUUCCAUAAAUCAAUUCUGGAAAGCGCUUGUGCUCUAAAUUGGUGGUCUCUAUCAAGAAAUCCACUUGAAAGUACAAUGCAUUUAGCACAUGACAUGGGAAUUACAAAAACAGACAAAUUAGAAGUUGUAGAAGAACUGCGAAAAUUGCCAGCAAUUGAUAUAAUGAAAACACAUUCAUCUUAUAUGCUCAAGACAAUUUAUAAGUAUGACUGCUUUGAUGCUAUAUUCAAACCGUGUGUUGAAUGUUUUUAUGAAGGGCAACCAGUGUUUCUAGACAAAAGUCCCGCAAGUAUUCUAAAAUCUGGCAAUUUCAAUAAAAUACCAUUUAUAAUAGGAAGUAACAAUACUGAAUCUGCAGUGUUAGAAUAUAUGAAAGAUAAUUUCUAUGAGUAUGAAAUUUAUAAUAAAGACAUUAGCCUGUUAGUACCAAAGUGCCUUACAAAUGUUGAAGGAGAGAGCAAGAUUAAAAUUGGACAGAAAAUUUUAAAUUUCUACUGGGAAGGUGAAGAAUGUCUGACUGAACACACAAAAAAGGAAUACUUACAAAUGCGUAGUGAUUAUAAUUUCCUUUACUAUAUAGACAAAACUAUAAGGACCCAUAUUGAAGUAGCACCAGAAUGUGCGAUCUACUAUUAUGUAAUGAAUUAUGCAGGGCAGUGGCGUGUGCCAAAAGAAUUGGAUUUUUUUAAUUGUAGUGGACAUGUCGCUGAAUUACCAUUUAUAUAUCGUAUUAAAACAUCGAAUUCAGGAUACUACGGGGGGAGUCGUGAUUCUAUUAAAACUAGGAAGCGAGUUGUAAAGAUGUGGACAAAUUUUGCCAAAUAUGGCAAUCCUACCCCAGAUGACGAUGACCCUCUUCUACAAAUCACAUGGGACAAAGUUGAAAAUAAAGAUAAACUCAACUUUCUCAGUAUAGACACGGAUUUAACAAAAGGAAGAAAUCCAUUCUACGAACGAAUGCAUUUUUGGGAUAAAAUACACGAGGAACACUUAAUUUUAAAAUUUAUUACGCAUUUUAUUGACAUGGGGGUUGAUAUAUAAAUAAGUUUAAUGGAAUUUUAAAAUAACUAUAUAUAAAAAAGGACCAUUUUAAAGCAUUUACAAUAAGUAAUUGUUUCCUACGAUAUUAAUGAAGUAGUAAUAAUCUUAUGUCAUCGACUGGAAAUUCGUUGGAAGAAUGCCGAAAUAUUUCUGCAUCUGGCCACAUUCUUAUAUGAAAAUAUAUACUAAACUCAUAACUAGUCACUGGGCAUACCACUAUAGUUUUUCUGACCAUUGAUAAUCUCGAACAUAAUCCCAGAACCGAUUAAAUUUGAGAUUUUCUCUUUGUGGGAAUGUGAUAUACCAACACAGUUAGAUAUUAACAAUAGGUCAAUCCAAAAAUUAAGCUUUUGUUUUCUAAUAGCUAAGUCUCAACUUGUUUAACAUACACUGUGAAUAAUUAAAGUGAUUAGUUAUUUUAUUGUUAUUAGAUUGUUUUUGCAUAGAUUAUAAUAUUUAUAAUAAUUGUUAUUAGAUUUUUAAAAAUAUACAUUAGGUAAAUUUUACAAAUGAAAUUAAUUAUUAUUAUACUAAAAGUCCCUUGUUAUAAUUUUAAUUUAGUAAAAAAUUAAUAUUUAAAAUGUUCAUUAAUACCUAUCUGGGAAAUUCGGGUAUUUGAAUAGCGGCGUUGGUCAAUGUGAAUGUAAAAAAUUGGAAAAUCCAAAAGUGCACAGUAAAGUUAAAUUUCUAAUACAAUCAAAUCACCUGCGUUUAAAAAAAAUAUCAUUGUGAAAAAAAUAAGUCGUUCUCGAGAUAUCCGUACCACGCCGCUUUUAUGAACCACAGACUAAUGGACGUCUAUUCGACAACUUAAAAAGAGUAUCAGGAUUAUUCAUUCGUGUCUCAGCUUUAUAUUGAUGUGCUUUUUAUUAUGUGUAAGAGUAAUAGAAAAAAAAAUGUUUAAAGAGUGGAAAUCGUAUGACCUUGACAGGUCGGUUAUAAAGCACAACCUCGCCGCUUCGCGUUCGAGGCGUGCAAUAGAAGAAUGGCGACAUUGUUCUUACUUACAAAACGCGCCAAACCGGCCACGUCAAUUUUUUUUUUUUUUUAAAUACUUGGAAUAGCUUUUUCUGCUUGUUUUUUCUUAAUAAUUCCCUAUUACAAUGAGAUUUUUUUUAUUACUUAUCUAUAAUAUAGAUUCUAUUAUUUUAUAAAUGAAAUAAAUAUAUGUACUUGUAUA